UCAUAUGAAUAUAUUGUGACAACAAUAAAAUCAUAAAUUUACACAAAAACAUCACUAAUAUCGCUCCUGCGCAUUAAAGGACGUUCUAGUAUUAUUCACUAUAUCUUCACCAUAGCUGCAUUAACAGAUAACAUGGCAUCAAAACUGAAUCAGUGUGAAAUGUGCUUUAAGGAAAACGCAGUUGGAUAUUGCAAAACCUGCGGAGAUGUUAGAGAAAAUUGUGUAGAUAUUCACGAAAAAGGAAAGUUGUUUCAAACUCACACUGUCGUUUUGUAUGAGGCUGUAAAAAUGCAUGAGGAUGGUGGAGUUAAACCAAAUAUCUUUAUGCAAGACAUCACAGAAGAAAGAUGUAAGCAGCAUCCGACAGAGAGAGCUAUUUUUCUUUGAAAUGUGCAUGGGUCCAUGAUAUGUGGCCGAUGCCUUCAUUCGGAACAUAUUCCUUGUGUAAAAGAAGUUGUUGACUUGUUGAAGGAAGGAAUUACCAUUGACUGCGAGAGAGUCAACACAAUGAAGUCAUUGUUGAUGGAGGUAAAAGAUGAAAUUCUUCUUUUGAAAAAUGAGGCAGAACAAAGCAAAGACAACUACAAGAAAACUGCAGAUAAAUGUGUGCAAGAUUGUAUGGAGUUAGGUAAUACAAUUAAACGACGGGUAGAUGAACUAACAAGUGGCAUUAGAGACGGGAUAAUAGACAAACAUAACGAAAACUUGACCAUUCAUUCCCAUAUUACUAAACUGUGUGAUGAGAAAACCAAGUGGUGUGACGAUGAGGAAAGUAAAAUUGAUAAUUUUGUUGACAAUAAUUUGGCUGGGCAUUUGUACCUAAUGAGCAGACAUUUUGAGAAAGAAGCUUCGGAUGCCAGAUCCCACCUGAAAGAAAUGAAACACAAACAUACUUUUAAAGGUUUCGACUUCAAAGAAAACAAUGUUAUUCUUAAAUGCCUGUUUGAGGAUUUGGAUGAAGUUUGUGAACAACAAGACGAAGUUACUGGGAGCGACGAUGGAAAUGCCAACGAUGUUUUCGCAUUUACCCCGAAAGUAAACAAGACCCGGCGAGAGCUCACUGUACUCUUGAAUCAGGCCAAAGACGAAUUAGAUAACUCAGAAAAGACAAGAAAGCAGUUCGAGCAAGAGUUACUGAGAGCGAAACAGGACAUACAGAAAUCUGAAAAUACAAGAAAGCAGUUCGAACAAGAUUUACUGAAAGCGAAACAGGACAUAGUGAAUUAUGAAAAGACACAGAAGGAACUGCGUGAUGAGCUGAAACGAGUUAAACUAGAUCUUUCAGAAAAGACAAGGAAGGGAUUCGAACACGAUUUACUAAAAACAAAACCGGACAUAGAUAAAUCUGAAAAGGAACGAGCGGUUGUUACUUCACAGCUUUCAUCCCUGAAGGACAAUAUCAAGCGGACUCAACCAACUGGAACAGUUGAUGUCAAGAUCAGUCAGGGGAUUUUUGGUUUCAUCAAUUUGAUUUUUACAUUCCCAGAUGGCAUUCAAACGUCGCACCAUCCGUCCCCGGGAAACCCGAUUAAAGGCGGCACGUUCACAGCACGUUUGCGACGCAACUCUGAGGGCGAGCUGCUAUGUCGGAUGUUUAAGGCGGCGUUUAGAAAAGGGGUGAUUUUCAUCUUGGGGAAGGAAGGAAAAGUUGUCCUGGAUGGCGUCUCAUUGUAUGAUGGUUCAGUGAACCGGUUGUGGGAAAGUUCAUACGUUAAAUACACACGGACUUUGAAAGCGGAACUGGCUGCCAAAGGCAGCACAGAGGCGGACAUAGAUCAGAAAGAGAAGCUGGAAGAGACGUUCACUCUCGAUGGUUUAUCUUGGCUCAAAUCUGCACUUUCCUAAAGGUGCGGAUAAUGAAGUUAACAGAGUAUCACAGAGCCGUAUGUACAUUCGAAAGGAUUAUUUUAAACACACGUUUACGGUUCAUUGGCCAUAAAUUUCCUUAUGUACCUGU